AUGUAUUCUACCCCUCGAGAAAGAGAAACAUUAUUAAAAUGGAUGGGUACAGCGAGAUGGACAUACAACAGAUGUCUCGACCUGAUAAAGGAAAGAGAACAUAUACCCAGAAAACAACUGAGGAAACUAGUGAUUAAUAACGAUAACUAUGAAUUUGAGAACACUUGGGUAAAGGAUACCCCUCCUGGGAUACGUGACCGUGCGUUUUCCGAAUUGAUGACCGCAUACAAAACAAAUUUUGCCAAACGUAAGAAAAACAAGAAUUUCAAAUUUGAGAUCAAGAAGAGAUCAAAGAAAUACAAGUCUCAAACCAUCACCGUUGAAAAGAGAGAUUUUAUACGCGACGGAGGUGAAUAUGCGUUUCUCAAACAUAUCAAGACAUCCGAAAGUUUACCAGAGAUAAAUAAUGCUGUCAACAUCACGAGAGACAGACUUGGUAGAUUCUAUUUUUGCGUAUGUGUACCAUAA